AUGAAGACAAUCGAAGGCCCCCCCUACGCAGAGCCCAUGCAACAGUUCAAGCCAGAAGGCUGGACAAACAAGCAUGACUACAUCAACAAACGGAGGAACGACAACGAUCAGGAAGGACGCAAGGCAUGGAUUGACUACGUGUCAAAAACUUGGAGCCAAGUCAAAAUGAACAUGAAGAUCGACCAAAUCUUGGCUAGCGCAGGAUUCCGGAUUCAUGACAUUCUCAAGAUGAACGACACUCGGGCGCUUCCGGAACUGAGCGAAGCGCAAAUGUACAGGUACAACGAUGCGCUGACAGAGGAACUAUUUGGCAUGGAAGCAUUCCGUGAAGAUGGACGCAUUGAGCAGGGAGUACUCAAAUUUAUCGAACCAAUUAUGACACACAUCUGGGCACAAUACUGCAAAAUGACAAAGCGGCUGGUAGAUAAAAUCCCAGCUCAAACAAAGGUUCUGGAUGCACAAUGGGAAGUAAUAUCCAGGGACAACGCAAAGCCAGACUACCAGCUGGACAUUCUCACAGGAUUGGGACACACUACGGCAGGAGGAGACGCCGCAAAGCUCCCACGGGCACUACGCAUCGUACUGGCGCAGCUAGCAUCGGCAGGCCGUGUGCAAGCACUGACAGACGAGUUGCAAAGACUCGUUGCAGAUUUGCACGUGACAGAAGAAGACAUCAGGCAAAACAAUCUGGGACCAGCAAUCAGCACAAUUGACUGGGAAACAGGCACGGAGGAGCUCGAUGGACUCAACAAAGAUGCAAUCUGGGAGAAGCUCGGACUCAAGGAGAAGCUCCUCCCCUUGUUCAACAAAAUGGAGGACACAACGGGAUUGACAGACGCUUGGACGGAAGAAGGCCGGAAGGCAAUGUCGGAUGCGGAAAGAGCCAGACCAUUGCAGCCGUGA